CAGAUUCAAAUCUAAAAAAACGCGCAAAGUUUGACAAGUGGUGAAAGGUGAGCGACCAAUGACAAGUGUGGCAUUCACAACUGGGUACCAAUUUGUAAAAUUGGUGGUAGAGCCUCCGGCCAAUAAAAUGCCGGACAAUGACAGCUCAAGUCACGUGUCUCUGUACGAUCCGGCUGCGCCAAUGGCAUAACGCAUCUAAAGAGAUCGGAAUUUUGAAGUAUUCGGUUCGUCAGCUGGCAGUGUCGCUCAGUUAGUAAUCCCAUUUUGGUUGAUAUCACCAAGAGUGUAUUCUGAAGCUUCCUCGGGAAUGAGCGAUCAGGAACUUCAACAGAAGCGUCGAAUAUCUAUGUGUGUCGGCUGCGGAUCUCAGAUUCAAGACCAGUACAUUCUCCGCGUAGCACCCGACUUGGAGUGGCACGCAGGCUGUCUCAAAUGCGCGGACUGCCACACGUAUCUGGACGAGACAUGUACUUGUUUUGUGCGCGACGGAAAGACGUACUGCAAACGUGAUUAUGUUAGGUUGUUCGGCACAAAGUGCGCCAAGUGCUCCCGGUCGGUGACCAAAAAUGAUUUCGUGAUGAGGGCCAAGAAUCAAAUCUAUCACAUAGACUGUUUUCGCUGCAUCGCCUGCAGUAGACAGCUAGUACCAGGAGACGAAUUUGCUCUGCGGGAGGAUGGGUUAUUUUGUAAAGAAGACAACGAAAUUGUGGAGAAAGCUACGGCAACAGCUCAAGCGGCUCAUGCUCGCGGAGGACAAAGAUCUUCGUCUCAAUCAUCAGCGCACUCAAACGGCCAACCGGAUGGCUCACCGACGCGACGUGGGAAAUCAGAAAAAACGACGAGGGUUCGCACCGUGUUGAACGAAAAGCAGUUGCACACUUUACGGACGUGCUACGCGGCGAAUCCGCGACCCGAUGCGAUGAUGAAGGAACAGUUAGUGGAGAUGACAGGGCUGAGUCCUCGAGUGAUACGAGUGUGGUUUCAGAAUAAACGCUGUAAGGACAAGAAGAAAUCUAUGAUGCUUAACAAAACUUCCUCGCAUCACCAACAUCAGGGACCAGGUUCAGACGACGGGCAGAGUCCGACGGGUAGCUCUCCGAAUGCAAUUUCCCGCUCCCUACCGCCAUCAGCUAUUUCGGGUGUUCAGACGUAUUCUACGAAUUUAACUCCACCUUCGCUAAGACCGCCAGCUGACGUCUCACUGAGCGAUCUACCCGGAUAUCAGCCUUGGAAGGCUCUCAAUGAAUUCGCUUUACACAACGAUAUGGAUCAAGGUCCGUUUCAACAACUGGUGCAGUUUUCGGAGCAGGCGCCCCAUUUGGUAUCGCGAACGCAUGAAGGAAUAGGGGCAAAUUGAAAUCCUCGACUCCUCGACCAAAGACUUUCUAUCCUAAGGAACUUAUGAGGAGUGGACGUCCAACGAAUGGCACACGCUCAUCUUCCGAAAAUCUUAAUUUAUUUCUUCUAUCGCAAGCCGCAACGAACAUUCUAUUUAGCGUAAGUUCAGCAUGAAUUAUGGCAAGGGGCAUAACAUUAUGCUCUUGUGUCGACAGUGUAUAUAUCCUAUAGGAUCCGUUUCACGGGAUGAGAGAGAGAGACGUUCUCAAUAAAGAUAAAAGUACAUCAGGA